CUUUCAUAAUUCAUAUAUAUCCCGUGCUCCAAUAGCAAAUGGUUCUCACUAACCUGCCUUAUCCUACUUACUGCUCUUACUCAUCAAAGUCUCUUCCUCAAUAAUUCACUAUAUCUCUCUCUCUCUCUCUCUCUCUCUCUCUGUGUUCAGUCCUGAUCAGAAAAAGAUUAACUCUAGCUUCUGUCGUUUGCUGAGAGUUUUUUUAUGUGAAAAAAGAUAAACUAUACUUCUGUUGGCGUCUUAUUGAGCAUUUGGAUGGUUAUUUAGAGUCUUGAGCUUCACUGGGAGGUGGGUUUUGGCUUGCAGCUCCACAGCACGAACAAGGAUGACCCAGCAGGCCAAGAGCACUCAUUUCAUGAAAAGUAUGAAGUCUCCCUCUUCUGUUUCUGCACAGCCAGAAGCUUCCCACAAUGAUGAACUCUUCAUGCAGAAGAGGUUAUUCUUUUCUGAUAGCCUCAAGGAAUUGAAGGAUCUGAGGAAACAGUUGUACUCAGCAGCAGAGCAUUUUGAAGCAGCUUACAGCAAAGAAGAUCAAAAUCACCUAGUACUGGUGGAGAACUUGAAAGAUUAUGCCAUUAAAGCUAUCGUCAAUACUGUGGACCACUUGGGUUCUGUGGCAUAUAAGGUUAAUGGAUUUUUGGAUGAAAAGAUCUGUGAACUAUCUAGAACUGAGCUUAGGUUCUCUUGCCUUGAACAGAGACUCCGAACAUGCCAAUACUUCAGAGAUAGUGGGGGCCUUUUCCUACAAUCAUUGGCUCUAGAAUUUCCCAAGCAUCAUAAGCGGUACAUCAUUCCAGCUGGGACAACCACGGAUGCUGUUGGCCACUCUCAGCCGACACAUCACAAUGCUAAAGAGCACUUAUGUCAGUUUGGAAGUGGCAAAGCUGUUCACGCAACUAGUGAGACCCCUGCAACAGUAAUCAGAAAAAGCCACUCUGCGUUAUGGUCUCCACAAUCUUCCUCAAGACCUGAAACUUUCCAGUUUACAAAAGUUGCAUCAUGCAGAGCAAGAGAGAACCGAUCAGUCUCACCAUAUCGCUUUCCAUUUAUACGUUCCGGAUCUCUUGUUAGGAGAUCAACUGCUACGAACUAUUCUACUGCCAAUAAACGGUACGCAUCAGAGCCCCGGAGAUCAGUUUCAUUGUCUAUUCAUGCUGAAAGAGAAGGGACUAAAGCUAUUGUACAAAAUUCUGGCAAAAGCAAAGGGCUGUUUAAGGCCUUGCUAAGCAUGCACAAGUCCAAAAGAGAAGGCAUAUUAUACAAAUAGUUGGAUGAGAGAAUUGAAAGGAAGAACAGAAAGCAGCAUGUUAGGAAGCUUACAAUAUGUACUGUUUAUGGUUUCUCCAUGCCUUUCUUACCAGACAUUACAACUUGUCACCAAUGCUUCCUUUCAUUUGUAACUUGUACAAAGCAUCUCCCUACAUUUCAAGUCUCACAUUGAUCAAAUCUGAUUUGAAUGUUUUGGGGAACUGCAUGUAUAAACUUUUCAUAGUUCACGUAUAUUGCACAAAAUAGGGUGCUUUAAUA